AUGGCACGACGCCGGCGGCCUCUUGGAAAGAGAUUGUUCCACGAUGACGCCUCCGUCACGACGCCGGCGGCCUCUGGGAGAAAUCCCAGAAAACUCGGUGCGGUCAGAUGUAUAUUGCGUGGAUGGACAUACUCAAAAAUGAACGGCGAGAGCGGUUUCGUGUUGAGACGGAAAAUGGGGGAGGGAGGCUGGUUCCGUGGGCGCAAGGAAAAUCUGUUGCUUGCACUGCGUAGCUCAAAAGUCCAAUACCCUAACACGGGUUGUGAAACGUACACGAUUCCGUACCGGCAAGUCUUUACUGAUGUUACAAACCCAACACCAUGCCAGCUUGAUUAUCCAUACUUCAAAGAUGGCUCAACCCUCGCACAGCCAACACUAAGACUCUGCUGA